AUGGAGCUCUUCAAGGAAUUCAAGUUCGACGAGGACAUCUCGCUCGGCUCCAUCUUUCCCAGUCUAAAAGGGACCGACUUCGAUGCCCUCACCAUGAAGAACACGUCUAUGAUCUGGCUUGGCCGGGAUGCCUCAGCGCUCAAGAAAGCUGGGCUGUGGUUCGAGACGGAUGUUGAGUUCCGUGGCUUGUUACAACCCAUUCACGACGUCCUCCGUGAUGUCUUCGCUCAAGAACAGCCCGGCCUGCAUCUCUCAGCACACCUGGGCAUCCAACAGGAUUACAGCGACGAUCUCUUAGCAACCGGCUUCACCUUCAAAGGGAGCAUCAACGGCAUCAACCGUGGCUUUGGCGAGUUUCUCACUUUCCGCAACGCUGGUGUCGAGCUCAACGUUGUCCCGAGUAAAGGUGUUGAUCUUGAGACUAUGUGGGGGUUCUUUGGCACGCUGCACCUGGCCAUCCCCAACUCGGUGGUGCCCCUUGUUCUGGAGUACAAGCUUCAGCCCAAGGCAGAUUCUCUGGAUAUAGCUAUGAACUUUGGCGGAAGUGAGAAGUGGGAGAGUGUCUUUGGCGUCUCAGGUCUUGAUGCGAGUGUUCCUCUUGUCCACCUCGGCAACCCACCACUGACAGAAUGCUGUUUUAGCUCGACAAAGUCACCUUUGGGACUUCAAUCAUCAAGUCGGACGUUGGGAGGACCUUGGAGUUCUCUAUUCUGUCAACCUGGAAUCUCGGUGGCGUUGUUGUUGAGCUGA